UGGAAGAAGAAGAAGACAAGUUUUGUUUUAAACGCUCUUCUUCUUCUUCUUCUUUCUGUGUACUACUAACAUUUCAUUCAUUCAUCCAUCCAUUCUUCUGUUUCUUCUUCUUCUUUGUUCAGCCCGGCGACGGCCCGCAAUUUUUUAAAAUGAUAAUCACCGUGAAGGAGUCGACGAUGGUCCCGCCGUCGGCGGAGACUCCGAGGAUAUCGCUGUGGAACUCCAACGUGGACCUGGUGGUUCCCCGAUUUCACACUCCCAGCGUGUACUUCUAUCGGCCCACCGGGGCCCAAAAUUUCUUUGAUGGUAAGGUCCUCAAGGAGGCUCUCGGCAAGGCCCUGGUGCCGUUCCACCCCAUGGCUGGACGGUUAAAGCGUGACGAAGAUGGGAGGAUUGAGAUUGAUUGUAAUGCUGAAGGCGUCUUGUUUGUUGAGGCCGAAACCCCUUCUGUUGUUGAUGAUUUUGGUGACUUUGCGCCCACUUUGGAGCUCAAGCAGCUCAUUCCGACGGUGGAUUACUCCGGCGGGAUCUCUACGUAUCCCCUAUUGGUGUUACAGGUCACUCACUUCAAAUGUGGUGGAGUUUCACUUGGUGUUGGUAUGCAACACCAUGCAGCAGAUGGAUUUUCUGGUCUCCACUUUGUGAACACAUGGUCAGACAUUGCUCGCGGUCUUGAUGUUACCAUCCCACCGUUCAUCGACCGAACUUUGCUCCGGGCCCGGGAUCCGCCUCAACCUACUUUCCAACACAUUGAAUACCAGGCACCUCCUGUCUUGAAAACUCCUCUGCCAUCAGUUUCUGAGCCUACAGCUGUCUCCAUUUUCAAAUUGACACGGGACCAGCUCAACAUCCUCAAAGCCAAGGCCAAAGAAGAUGGUAACACUAUCAACUAUAGCUCAUAUGAGAUGCUGGCGGGUCAUGUGUGGAGAUCUGCAUGCAAGGCACGUGGACUAUCUGAUGAUCAAGAGAGUAAAUUGUACAUAGCAACAGACGGACGUGCUAGAUUAAUCCCCCCCCUUCCUCCUGGUUACUUUGGAAAUGUGAUAUUUACGGCCACACCAAUAGCAGUAGCAGGUGAUCUCCAGUCAAAGCCUACAUGGUAUGCUGCAGGUCGUAUUCAUGAUGCAUUGGUUCGAAUGGACAAUGACUAUUUAAGGUCAGCCCUUGAUUACCUAGAGCUUCAGCCUGAUUUAUCAGCAUUAGUUCGUGGUGCCCAUACAUUUAGGUGUCCAAAUCUUGGGAUUACUAGUUGGGUUAGACUGCCAAUACAUGAUGCGGAUUUUGGGUGGGGUCGACCCAUAUUUAUGGGGCCCGGUGGGAUUGCAUACGAGGGUUUAUCAUUUAUCUUGCCAAGCCCUACAAACGAUGGGAGCUUAUCAGUUGCCAUCUCUCUACAAUCUGAACACAUGAAACUAUUUCAGAAGUUCUUUUAUGAUAUUUAAAAAACACCACUGUAGAAACUUUUUGGAAUUAAUUCAAACUAGACAAUUUCGCACAAACCAUUUUUUCUUUGGUGGUGAUUUUUUUUAUCAUGUAUUGACAAACCUUGCUUGGUUUAAAAUAUAACAAGUGCAAACUUGAUUUGGUGCAUUCUAUA